AUGGCUAGUUCAGUCGCUCAACUACGAUUGUUGCUGUGGAGGAAUUUUCUUCAGCAAAUACGAUCGCCAAAAUUUACAGCAUUUGAAUUUCUUGUACCACUUCUGUUGAUUGGACUCAGUUUUGGUUUGAUGAUUGGGCUUCGUGGAACUUUUGAAAAAUCCUACGAUUAUAGAGCGUAUCCACCCUGGAUAGUUCAAGGAAAUGCUGUGGAUCUGCUGAUACCGCCAGAUUUAAGCAAUUUAUCAGUUACAAAAGCAAAUGAAGAUGAAAUGGUCGACUAUAUUACUCAGUCGUUUGUCAGUCAAUGUGGCAACCCAUUAAUCGGAGGAAUUGUGUUUGCGGACAGUUUUGCAAAAAAUUCGAACCCGGAUAGGAUAAGUGACAUAGCUUAUAAAAUUAGGCUAGCAAAUACAAAAAGACGUUUCAAAGAAGUCUUUGGCGAAAGCUUUCAACCGUGGGAUACUUCGAGAGAUUUUACAGAAUCGUUUGUUUCUGGACCCACCAAUCCAGACGACGUUGAUGGUGGAAGUCCAGGAUAUUGGCAAGAAGGAUUUUUGACACUUCAGAAAGCUGUUGAUAUUUCUAUUCAACAGUAUCUGUCACAACAAAACUCAUCACUGCCUCAGAAUACACCUGGACUUUUGCUUCAACGCUUUCCAUAUUCAGCAUACAAACUGGAAAUUAUCGAAAUUGGUUCUUUUUUUCUUCCGUUUAUUCUGGUCUUCUCCUUUAUGGCCAGUGUAAUCUACAUUGUUCGAUCAAUUGUAAUGGAAAAGGAGAAUAGGCUCAAGGAGUACAUGAAGGUCAUGGGUCUUCGACAGUGGGUACAUUGGGUUGCUUUUUUUGUUGUCGAUUAUUUAAAAGUAUCAGUCAGUGUUAUUGUUUUAUCAAUUCUUCUAUAUUUCGUUACAAAAAGAAGUGACCCAUCUGUAGCAUUUGUGUUUUUCCUGCUCUACGGUUUUGACACAGUCUAUUUUGCAUUCUUUAUUUCCACAUUCAUGCAUUCAGCAACUGCUGGUACAACGAUGGCCGUAAUUGGGUGGCUUUUACUGUACUUUUGGUAUGCAUUUUUCUCAAAUGUUGAUGCACAAGUACCCUAUUCAUUUUCUGUUAGAAUGGCAAACUGUUUGAAUCCAGAUGUUGCUCUUAAUUUUGGAAUCCGCCUAAUUGCUCAGUACGAGACGCAAGCUGCUGGGAUACAUUGGGCAAAUGUGUUUGAAACACCCUCACCAGAUGAAACCAUAACGAUGGGUCACAUUUUGGUCAUGCUUGCGAUUGAUGGUAUAGUGUUCAUUAUUCUCACUUGGUAUUUUGAAGCAGUCUUUCCGGGAGGAGAGGGAGUCCCACAAAAACCGUAUUUUUUUAUUCUGCCUUCAUAUUGGUUCCCAGAAAUAAGUGGAAGAAAAACCUUUUUUCAAGGGAAAGACCUUGAAAACGGGUUCGAGACAGACGCGAAAAAAAGUGUCGAACCUGUUCCAGACGGCGCUGAAGUGACAGUAAACAUCGUUAAUAUGAGCAAAACGUAUGGGACGAGUUGGUUGAAGAAGCUGUUUGAUUGCAAAUUUAGUAAAAAGGGAGAGAAAAAGGCCGUUUCAAAUUUGAACCUGAAAAUGUACCGAGGCCAGGUUACAGCACUGCUUGGACAUAAUGGAGCUGGCAAAAGCACUACUUUUUCUGUUCUUACUGUAAUAAAAAUUUUAAGGGGUUACUGCUCCAACACAUGGGACAUUUUUUUGCAAAGUUACUGUUGCUUUGCACUGAAAGGGCGUGAAUGGAGUUUAUCAGAAGCGCAUCAUCUAAUUUCACAGCUGAAAAUUGAUUCCAAAGCCGAUGCUUAUGCUGGAACGCUAUCAGGUGGACAGAAACGAAAACUUUCACUUGCUAUUGCACUAAUCGGCGGCUCUGAGGUCGUCAUGCUUGACGAACCAACUUCAGGUAUGGACCCCGGAGCUCGUCAUGACACAUGGAAGCUUUUGCAGAGUGAAAAGUCUAAACGUACAAUGCUCCUCACAACACAUUAUAUGGACGAGGCCGAUCUACUUGGUGAUAGAACAGCUAUACUGGCGCAUGGCGAAUUACAGUGUGUCGGAACCAGCAUGUUCCUUAAAAAUUUAUAUGGAGCUGGGUAUUAUAUGACGGUGGAUUAUAAAAAACCUGAGUUGUAUUCGGAAACGCUAAAUUUGCUAAGGAAGUAUUGCCCAAGCGUUAAAAUUCAGUCAGCUAUUGGCCUAGAAGCUAUUUUUCUAUUACCUUCUGAUAAUCGUUCCAGUUUUCCAAAAAUGUUUCGGGAUUUGGAAGACAGUCUGGACAACUUGGGAAUACAAUCAUUCGGUGUUUCUGUAACAACGAUGGAAGAAGUGUUUCUGAAAGUAGGUGAGUUAGCAGAUACUAAAAAGGGUGAAGCUGAGGGAACGACUUUGUUAACAAAAGUUUACAGCACCACAAGUCUUGACACCAAAGCGAAGGAGAACUACAUUUCCACGAUGACAAUCAAGCGUAUUGUUUAUUUCUAUAGACGAUGGGUACAGUUCCUUCCACAGCUUAUACUUCCGAUCGCAUAUCUGACAUUGAUAGUUUACGCUACGAACGCUAUACCAGACGCAAAACCACAAGAUCCAUUAGAAAUAACACUGAAACCAUACACCAGUAAAGGGGUUAUCGCUAACGUUUAUGGAGAAAACGAUACUUUUCAAAGUCACAAUUUGGCAACGAUUCAAAAUAGUUUUUUAAUUGUGCUUUAUUUGCAGCAAGGAAGUAGAAAUUUUGGUCUAUUUAAAGCGCAAUUUUUACUUUUCAAAAGAAUUAAUUUAGCAAUGUUUGAUAACUUUGGAUUGGCUACUCCACCGUUGGCUGUCAGCAUUGCCGACUCCAUCAUAGCUACCGCAGCUUUAAAUCGCAAUAUUACUUUCACUGUAACUAAUCAUCCACUUCCUCCUACUAAUGCUGAUUCUAUUAAAAAUAAGGGCAUGAGUAGCAAUAAAGGGUUGAUGAUGGGUAUGGCUGUUAUUGUUUCGAUGAGUAUGGUAGUAUCUGGAUUUUCUAGUUUUCUUAUACGCGAACGGAAGAAAAGAUCAAAACAUAUGCAGAUAAUGAGCGGAUUACCAACGUGGAUUUAUUGGUGUUCUGCUUAUAUUUGGGAUUUAGUAUUUUUUAUUUACGUUACCAACGCAUUUACGUUGUUCCUUCUAAUGCUACUCUUCGGAUGGGCUGCGAUUCCCUUUACGUAUUCGUUUCAAUUCGCUUUCAAAUCUGCUCCAAAAGGAUAUAUGCUCAUUGUUAUUUUCAAUGUGAUUACCGGAAUGAUUGGGGCAAUAGCGGUCCCAAUUAUACAAGAAACUGCCAGCGAUCACGCUGCAAACAUUUGUGCUAUAGUAUUUUCAUUGUUCUUCCCGACUUACAACUUAUGCUUGGGCUUUACUCGAUUGUAUAAUAACGAAUUUGGUAGAAGGGCUUGUGCUCCGGUUGAUUGCACUAUCCCGCUAUUCAAAACCGGCGCACCACAGUGCUGCGGAAAUGACACUGAAAGGAUUUUUGUGGACUCGGUAUUGAGAAGCACUACAGAUAAAGGCUUACUCAUUGAGGUCCUUGUUCUCGUAUUCGAGGGAUUCCUGUUCUGGUUCCUGACAGUUGGUAUUGAAAAUGAUUGGUUUACUAGAACGAGAGAAAGGUUUUUUCAGAAAUGCAGCAAAUUUGGUUCUACUAAUAAGGUUGGAUUCGAAGACUCCGACGUUAUUGCAGAAAAAGAAUCUGUGAUUGAAAUGAGGCCUGAUUCUUCAGCGUUAAUUGUACAGGAUGUGCAUAAGUAUUAUGGCAGCUUUCAUGCGGUAAGAGGUGUCAGUUUCCAUGUGGAAAUUGGUGACUGUUUUGGAUUGCUAGGCGUAAAUGGUGCAGGAAAGACCAGUACCUUCCAGGUGCUAACAGGAGAAAACCCUCUGUCUAUUGGUGAAGCAUUUAUAAAAGGUUAUAGCGUUAGCGAGAACUGGAGAGAUGCCGCACUUCAUGUUGGAUACUGCCCUCAAUUCGACGCGGUCUUAAAGGAAAUGACUGGGUCUGAAACCCUGACUAUGUUUGCUCGCAUUCGUGGAAUACCCCCAGGGGAAAUUUCGAGAUGUGUGGAUGCCACAAUAGAAGCCAUUGGCAUUGGAAAUUAUGCCAAGCGCCCAAUAAAAACAUAUAGCGGUGGGAACAAAAGAAGACUGAGCCUCGGAAUAGCUUUAGUAGGAUUACCAGAAGUAUUACUCCUUGAUGAACCGACGACUGGUGUUGAUCCAAAAGCGAGAAGGAUCAUUUGGAACAUCCUUUCAAGAGUUCGUGACCAAGGUACCGCAUUAGUUCUAACGUCACACAGCAUGGAGGAAUGUGAGGCCUUGUGCACACAGCUAGCAAUCAUGGUCAACGGUAAAUUCCGUUGUUUAGGAAAUAUACAACACAUAAAGUCCAGGUACGGACUGGGUUACACGCUAAUAAUCAAAGUUCCCAGAUCUGUUUCCUCGAGGGAGAUAAAGGAUAUUAUCGCAAAGACGUUUCUAAACUCCGUUCUGAAAGAAGAAAACAUGCAACAAUUAAAUUACGAAGUCCAUAAACGGCCAGAUACUACAUGGUCUGCACUAUUUCAACAAAUGGAAAAUAUUGCUACGAAUUUUAAAAUUGUUGAUUAUUCGCUCAGCCAAACUACCUUAGAACAGGUCUUUCUCGAGUUUUCUCGUAGCGUACCAACAAUUAACAAUAAUACAGCAACACCGCAGCUACAACAACCAAUCUUGACUGAAGAGAACCUUUCUUGCGACAGUUACGACUACCGCAUUUAA